GCAUCAUGGGAGAACUGUUCCGCAGCGAGGAGAUGACCCUGGCGCAGCUCUUCCUCCAGUCGGAGGCGGCGUACUGCUGCGUCAGCGAGCUGGGGGAGCUGGGCAUGGUGCAGUUCAGAGACCUGAACCCGGACGUCAACGUCUUCCAGCGCAAGUUUGUGAACGAAGUGAGGAGGUGUGAGGAGAUGGACAGGAAGCUGAGGUUUGUUGAGAAGGAGAUCAAGAAGGCCAACAUCCCCACCGUGGACACCGGAGAGAACCCCGAGGUUCCGUUUCCCCGGGACAUGAUCGACCUGGAGGCCACGUUCGAGAAGCUGGAGAACGAGCUGAAGGAGAUCAACACCAACCAGGAGGCCCUGAAGAAGAACUUCCUGGAGCUGACGGAGCUCAAGCACAUCCUGCACCGCACGCAGCAGUUCUUCGACGAGAUGGAGGACCCCAACCUGCUGGAGGAGUCCUCCGCCCUGAUGGAGGGCAGCGAGGGGGGCCGCGGGGCGCCGCUCAGGCUGGGCUUCGUGGCUGGAGUGAUCAGCAGGGAGAGGAUUCCCACCUUCGAGAGGAUGCUGUGGAGAGUGUGUCGAGGAAACGUCUUCCUGAGGAAGGCCGAGAUCGAGGAUCCUCUGGAGGACCCCACCACGGGAGACCAGGUCCACAAGUCGGUCUUCAUCAUCUUCUUCCAGGGAGACCAGCUGAAGAACCGGGUCAAGAAGAUCUGUGAGGGGUUCCGGGCCUCGCUCUACCCGUGUCCAGAGACGCCUCAGGAGAGGAAGGAGAUGCUGGCCGGAGUCAACAGUCGCAUUGACGACCUCCAAAUGGUGCUGAACCAGACCGAGGACCACCGCCAGCGCGUCCUGCAGGCCGCCUCUAAGACCAUGCGGGUGUGGUUCAUCAAGGUGAGGAAGAUGAAGGCCAUCUACCACACGCUCAACCUCUGCAACAUCGACGUGACCCAGAAGUGCCUGAUCGCCGAGGUGUGGUGUCCCGUCUCAGACCUGGACUCCAUCCAGUUCGCUCUGCGCAGAGGAACGGAGAGGAGCGGCUCCACCGUGCCGUCCAUCCUGAACCGGAUGCAGACCAAACAGACGCCUCCGACGUUCAACAAGACCAACAAGUUCACGUCGGGCUUCCAGAACAUCGUGGACGCCUACGGCAUCGGAAAUUACCGGGAGAUCAACCCAGCUCCGUACACCAUCAUCACCUUCCCCUUCCUGUUCGCCGUCAUGUUCGGGGACAUGGGCCACGGCCUGCUGAUGACCUGUGCCGCGCUCUACCUCGUCAUCCGAGAGAGCCGCCUCCUGGCGCAGAAGAGCGACAACGAGAUGUUCAACAUGGUGUUCGCCGGCCGCUACAUCAUCCUCCUGAUGGGGGUCUUCUCCGUCUACACCGGCGUCAUUUACAACGACUGCUUCUCCAAGUCGCUCAACAUGUUCGGGUCCGGCUGGAGCGUCAGACCCAUGUUUGGUCCCAAAGGAGCCAACUGGACGUUCGAGACCCUUGGGAGUAACACAGUCCUGCAGCUGGACCCUGCUGUUCCCGGUGUCUUUAACGGGCCAUACCCGCUGGGAAUCGACCCGAUCUGGAACGUGGCCACCAACAAGCUGACCUUCCUGAACUCCUUCAAGAUGAAGAUGUCUGUGAUCCUGGGAGUCAUCCACAUGCUGUUCGGAGUGUCCCUCAGUCUCUUCAACCACCUGUACUUCAAGAAGCCUCUCAACAUCUUCCUGGGCUUCAUCCCCGAGAUCGUCUUCAUGUUCAGCCUGUUCGGGUACCUGGUCCUGCUGGUCUUCUACAAGUGGACGGCCUACGACGCCUACAGCUCCAGAGACGCCCCCAGCCUGCUCAUCCACUUCAUCAACAUGUGUCUCUUCAACUACAGCGACCCCACCAACAAGCCCCUGUACAGCGGACAGAUGGGGAUCCAGGUUUUGUUGGUGCUGAUUGCCCUUGCAUGUGUUCCCUGUAUGCUGGUUGUGAAAACUAUGGUGCUGCGCCGUCAGCACCUGUGGAAGAAGCACCUGGGCACGCAGAAGUUCGGAGGGGUGCGGGUGGGCAACGGGCCCACGGAGGACGAGGCUGGCAUCAUGGACCACGACCAGCUCUCCCAGCACUCAGAGGAGGGAGACGAGCACGCAGAGGAAGAGCCGUUUGACUUUGGAGACGUAGCCGUCCACCAGGCCAUCCACACCAUAGAGUACUGCCUGGGCUGCAUCUCCAACACGGCCUCCUACCUGCGCCUGUGGGCCCUGAGCCUGGCUCAUGCACAGCUGUCCGAGGUGCUCUGGGGCAUGGUCAUGCACCUGGGCCUGUCGUCCCGGAGCGGCGGCGGCUUCUUCGGCCUGUCCAUCAUCUUCUCGGCCUUCGCCACGCUGACGGUGGCCAUCCUGCUGGUGAUGGAGGGGCUGUCGGCCUUCCUGCACGCGCUGCGCCUGCACUGGGUGGAGUUUCAGAACAAGUUCUACUCUGGUCAGGGCUUCAAGUUCGUGCCCUUCUCCUUCGAGAGCAUCCUGGAGGGACGGUUCGAUGACUGAGGAGUCCCUCCUGCAUGCACACAUCA